AUGGCGCUUUCCUCUCUCAACUUCUCUUUUCUAUUCUUCCUCCUUUUAUCUCCUUCCAUUUUCUCGUACUCUUCUCCUACUUCUCUAAACCCUAAUAAAAUCUCCGCAACUAGUUUCUGCAAGAACACACCAUAUCCAGACGCAUGUUUCCACUCCUUGAAACUCUCCCUCUCCAUCAACAUAAGCCCCAACAUUCUCUCUUUCCUCCUUCAAACACUCAAAACAGCUCUUUCCGAGGCUGGAAAACUCACUGAUCUUCUUUCCGGCGUCGGAGUCUCCAAAAACCUCGUCGAAGGCCAACGUGGCUCUCUUCAAGAUUGUAAAGAUCUUCAUCACAUCACUUCUUCCUUCUUAAAACGAUCACUCUCCAAGAUCCAAGACGGUGCUAACGAUUCACGGAAGCUUUCCGACGCUAGAACUUACCUAAGCGCCGCUCUCACCAACAAGAACACUUGCUUGGAAGGUCUUAAAUCCGCCUCUGGUCCACUAAAGCCAAAGAUCGUUACCUCCUUCACGACCACUUACAAACACGUAAGCAACUCUCUCUCAGCUCUUCCGAAACAGAGAAAAACCACCCGUGGGAACAAGACUAAGAACCGCCGGUUACUUGGGUUAUUUCCCGAUUGGGUCUCUCGGAAAGAUCGCCGGUUUUUACAAGAUUCUGGUGAUGGUUACGAUGAGUACGACCCUAGUGAGAUCCUGAUAGUAGCUGUCGAUGGAACAGGGAAUUUUACAACCAUUAACGAGGCUAUAAACUUUGCUCCGAAUAUGAGCAACGAUAGGGUGCUGAUAUAUGUAAGGGAAGGUGAGUACAACGAAAACGUUGAGAUUCCGAGCUACAAGACUAACAUUGUUUUGAUCGGAGAUGGAACCGAUGUUACGUUUGUUACUGGCAACAGAAGUGUCGGUGAUGGAUGGACCACUUUCCGAUCUGCCACUCUUGCGGUUUCCGGAGAAGGAUUUUUGGCGAGGGAUAUAACAAUAAUGAACACAGCAGGACCAGAGAACCACCAAGCGGUUGCAUUACGUGUAAACGCAGAUUUUGUGGCGUUUUACCGUUGUGUAGUUGAUGGUUUCCAGGACACACUAUACACACAUUCUUUCCGACAAUUCUACCGGGAAUGUGAUAUAUAUGGAACCAUUGAUUAUAUCUUUGGAAACUCGGCCGUGGUCUUCCAAGGCUGCAACAUCGUUUCAAAGUUGCCUAUGCCGGGACAAUUCACUGUAGUUACGGCUCAGUCACGAGAUAGUCCGGACGAGGACACCGGGAUCUCGAUGCAGAAUUGUUCCAUUCUUGCAACGGAAGAUUUAUUUAACAGCUCGAAUAGGGUCAAGAGCUAUUUGGGACGUCCAUGGAGAAGAUAUUCGAGAACGGUUGUAAUGGAAUCUUUUAUUGAUGAGUUUAUUGACGGCUCGGGUUGGACCAAGUGGAACGGUGUGGAAGAAACCAAGAGUCUUUAUUAUGGUGAGUAUAAUAAUAACGGGCCGGGUUCUGAAACGGGUAAGCGGGUUAACUGGUCGGGUUAUCACAUCAUGGGUUAUGAAGAUGCGUUUAACUUUACGGCAACUGAGUUUAUCACUGGCGAUGGUUGGUUAGGCAGUACUUCGUUCCCUUAUGAUGAUGGAAUUUAA